GUCUCCAGCGCCAGUGCCAGGAUGAGCGCGGAAGUGGGCAGCAAGCCCCUGAAAGUGGGUGCCCGAGUGGAAGUGAUCGGCAAGGGGCACCGUGGCACGGUGGCAUACGUGGGGGCCACCCUCUUUGCCACAGGGAAAUGGGUCGGCGUCAUCCUGGACGAAGCCAAAGGCAAGAAUGACGGGACGGUGCAAGGCAGGCGGUACUUCACCUGCGAGGAGAACCACGGCAUCUUUGUGAGACAGUCGCAGAUCCAGGUGUUUGAGGAUGGCGCAGACACCACCUCCCCAGAAACCCCGGAGGCUUCGGCAUCAAGAGUCCCCAAGAGAGAUUCUUCAGAAGGCCCCAAAGCCAGCAAACUGCCUACCCGAACCGGCAGUUCGGCCACAUCCAGCAGCACGGCGGGGCUCUCUGGCUCGGCCUCAGCCUCAGCCGGGGAAAUGAGCAGCAGUGAACCAAGCACCCCGGCACAGACCCCUUUGGCUGCCCCCAUGGUGCCCGUCCCGGCUCUGGCAUCCCCAGUGGCUCCUCCAGCAAUCCUGUCUCCAACAAAGGAGGAGGAGUCUCUGCGAGGGCAGGUGCGAGACCUGGAAGAGAAGCUGGAGACCCUCAAGAUGAAGCGGAACGAGGACAAGGCCAAGCUGAAGGAGCUGGAGAAGUACAAGAUCCAGCUGGAGCAGGUCCAGGAGUGGAAGAGCAAAAUGCAGGAGCAGCAGGCGGAGCUCCAGAAGCGCCUGAAGGAGGCCAAGAAGGAAGCCAAAGAGGCCCUGGAGGCCAAAGAGCGCUACAUGGAGGAGAUGGCCGACACGGCCGACGCCAUCGAGAUGGCGACCCUGGACAAGGAGAUGGCCGAGGAGCGGGCGGAGUCCCUGCAGCAGGAGGUGGAUUCCUUGAAGGAGAAGGUGGAGGAUCUCACCAUGGACCUGGAGAUCCUGAAGCAUGAGAUCGAAGAGAAGGGUUCUGAAGGAGCUGCCUCCAGUUACCACGUCAAGCAGCUUGAGGAGCAGAACGGCCGCCUGAAGGAGGCCCUUGUGAGGAUGCGGGACCUGUCUGCCUCGGAGAAGCAGGAACACGUGAAGCUCCAGAAACACAUGGAGAAGAAGAACACGGAGCUGGAGGCCCUGCGUCAGCAGAAGGACAAGUUGCAGGAGGAGCUGAAGCAGACCGAGGGGACCAUCGAUGAGCUGAAGGAGCAGGUGGAUGCUGCUCUGGGGGCCGAGGAGAUGGUGGAGACGCUGACCGAGAGGAACCUUGAUCUGGAGGAGAAGGUCCGCGAGCUCCGCGAGACGGUGGGCGAUCUGGAAGCCAUGAACGAGAUGAAUGACGAGCUGCAGGAGAACGCCCGGGAGACGGAGUUGGAGCUGCGGGAGCAGCUGGACAUGGCCACGGCUCGAGUCCGCGAGUCGGAGAAGCGGGUGGAGGCAGCGCAGGAGACGGUGGCCGACUACCAGCAGACCAUCAAGAAAUACCGAGAGCUGACGGCCCACCUGCAGGACGUUAACCGAGACCUGAUGAGCCAGCAAGAGGCCUCUGCGGAGAGGCAGCAGCAGCCGCCGCCCGAAAUGUUUGAUUUCAAGAUUAAAUUUGCCGAGACAAAAGCUCACGCCAAGGCCAUCGAAAUGGAGCUGCGCCAGAUGGAAGUGCAACAGGCCAACCGGCACGUCUCCUUGCUCACUUCCUUCCUGCCCGACAGUUUCCUGCGGCACGGCGGGGACCACGACUGCGUCCUGGUGCUGCUGCUGCUUCCCCGGCUGGUGGGCAAGGCCGAGCUGAUCAGCAGACAAGCGCAAGAGAAGUUUGAGCUGAGCGAGAACUGUGCCGAGAGAGCCGGUCUCCGGGGAGCACCGGGGGAGCAGCUGAGCUUCGCUGCUGGGCUGGUCUAUUCUCUGCUCCUUCUGCAAGCCACGCUCCACAAAUACGAACAGGCCUUGAGUAAGUGCAGCGUGGAAGUCUACCGAAAAGUGGGCUUGCUCUAUCCGGAGAUGUGCGUGCACGAGAGGUCCCUGGACUUCCUGAUUGAGCUGCUGCACAAGGACCAGCUGGACGAGACGGUCAACGUGGAGCCCUUGACCAAGGCCAUCAAGUACUACCAGCACCUGUACAGCAUCCACCUGGCUGACCAGGCCGAGGACUGCACGGUGCAAUUGGCUGACCACAUCAAGUUCACGCAGAGUGCCUUGGACUGUAUGGGCGUGGAGGUCUGCCGGCUGCGCUCCUUUCUCCAGACCGGACAGGAGGCCUCCGACUUCGCCAUCCUCCUGAAGGACCUGGAGACUUCGUGCAGCGACAUCCGCCAGUUCUGCAAGAAGAUCAGGCGGCGCAUGCCGGGCACCGAGGCUCCCGGCAUCCCUGCAGCCCUGGGCUUUGGGCAACAGGUCUCAGAGACCCUGCUGGACUGCCGCAAACAUCUGACCUGGGUGGUGGCGGUGCUGCAGGAGGUGGCGGCUGCAGGGGCUCAGAUGAUCGCCCCCUUGACCGAGAACGAGGGCUUGCAGGCCGUGAAACUGGAGGACCUGGCCUUCAAGGCCAGUGAGCAGAUCUAUGGCGCGCAGGGCAUCAGCCCUUACGAGUGCCUGCGCCAGUCCUGCAACAUCCUCAUCGCCACCAUGAACAAGAUGGCCACCGCCAUGCAGGAGGGCGAAUACGACGCAGACAAGCCCCAGACCAAGCCCCCUCCUCCGGUUGAGCUGCGGGCAGCCGCGCUUCGGGCCGAGAUCACGGACGCCGAGGGCCUGGGGCUCAAGCUGGAGGAUCGAGAGACCGUCAUCAAAGAGCUGAAGAAGUCUCUUAAAAUCAAGGGCGAGGAGCUCAGCGAAGCCAACGUGCGCCUCAGCCUCCUGGAGAAGAAGCUGGACAGCGCCUCCAAAGAUGCUGACGAGCGGGUGGAGAAGAUCCAGAGCAAGCUGAGCGACACCCAGGCGCUGCUGAAGAAGAAGGAGAAGCUCUCCCCUUGGCCGAGUCUCUUCCGGCAAGGCCCAGGCGGCCUCUGCCGGGAGGCCACCCCUGCUGACGGCCACCUCCGCCUGCCCGUCUCUCCUGCAGGUGUGGGUGCCAGCCAGGUGAUGGCCGGGGGCUCCGGCCCCGUUCAGGUGAAGGACUCCCCUCUCCUGCUCCAGCAGAUCGAGGCCAUGCAGCUCUCCAUCAAGCACCUGAAAAACGAGAAUAACCGCCUGAAGGGAGCCCAGAUGAGGAGGGAGUUGGCCUCGCUGCCCCCCCUGCACGUCCCCAAGCUCUCGCUGCCCAAGGACAGGCAAGGGGAGGAGGUGGUGUCCAGCUCGCUGUAUCGCAAGACCAGCGAGCUGCUGGAGACCCUCUACCACAUGAGUGCCAAUGCCCAGGUGGUGGACGUAACACGGCGUAAGGCAGUGGGCAGUCCAGCAGCUCAGCUCCUGAAGCAGACCACCCGCCUGGCAUCCCUGAGCGAAGACAUCGAGAAGCUGAAGGAUGAAGUCAGGAAGGAGACGAUCCUGCAGCACCCCGGGGCCAGCAUCCCUACCGACUUCGGCACGUUCCCCUCGGUGCCUUUCCUGAAGGCCAAAGAGGAGGAGAAGGACAGCGCCAUCUACGUGGGCCGCGUGACCUUCCCCUGCCAGCCGGGCCAUGGGCAGCGGUACAAGCUGGUGCUGACACCAGAACAGCUGCACAAACUCCACAGCCGCCUGAACUCCUAGGAGAGCCGCCUGCCUCUGCGGUGCCCUGCCUAUACCCGCCCGCUGCCCCACCACGGCUCCCCUUCCCAGAGGCCAGAGGGGGAGUCGGUCUUCGUGGUGAGACGGGAGGGCGGCUUUGACGGAGAAGGGAUGCUUCCUUGUGCCUUCUCUUCACGGCCUUCCUUUUCCUCCGCUGUUUCGGUUAAGGAUCCCAAACGGGGUUCCCUGGGGGGAAGAGCCCAGGGAUCCACAAGCACUACAAGAACGGGUCCUUACUUGCAUGUUGACUUCCUUGGAGGAGAUUGGAGGUGAAUCAAUAAAGCUCUCUGCAACC